UGGUUGUGCGACCGACAAAUGGCAGCCGCCGGUAACUCGAACACACCGAUGUGUCCACGGGUUAAAACUAGAAACACAAACAAUUGUACCCCUCUUAGAGUUCUGCCAGCUGUCUUGCUGGUAAACAACUUUACUUAAUUGCAAUUUCCAAGACACUGGAGAGUUUAGCCUACAGCUAAGUUAGCUAGUGCAUGCUUUUUUUUGCGAUGGAUCUGUUGGAGCCUCCCACGCCGGUGAAGGAUAAUGCUUCCUCUCCUUCGGAGUCCAAAGCCAAGAACUGCGAUCUGACCCCCGCAAUGAGAGCCAAGAUCGAACGAAACAGACAGCGGGCUCUGAUGCUGAGGCAAGCCCGACUGGCCAGCAGACCAUCGGCAGGAGAAGGGGGUGGAACCUCGGCUAAAGUCGCUAAGAUAGUCGACUCUGGAGGAGGUUUCUUCAUUGAUGAAGAAGAGGAGGGACAGGAGGAGCAAAGGACAAAGGAAGUGGUGCAUCAACCAGCCCCGGUGAUGGAGGCAGACUAUCUGCUGUGUGAUGACUGUGACAAGCCGUUUAUGGAUUCCUACCUUAGCAACGGCUUCGAUCUGGCAGUCUGUGACAACUGCAGAGACAACGAGGUGAAACACAAGCUGAUAUCCCGUACGGAGGCUAAGCAGCUCUACCUACUGAAGGACUGUGACCUGGACCAGAGGGAGCCAGUGCUGAGGUUUGUCCUGAGGAAGAACCCACACAACCCUCACUGGGGAGACAUGAAACUCUACCUCAAGCUGCAGGUGGAGAAGCGCUCCUUAGAGGUGUGGGGCUCUGAGGAGGCCCUGGAGGAGGCCAAGGAGGCCAGAGAGGAGAACAGGGAGGUGCAGAAGCAGAAGCGCUUCAACAAAAAGGUUAAAGAGCUCCGUCGUGCAGUGAGGAGCAGCGUGUGGACAAAGGACACCAGUGCUCACCAGCACGAGUACGGCCCUGAGGAGAUAGUGGAUGAAGAGGAGGAUCUCUACAGGAAGGUCUGUAACACCUGUGGACAUGAACUGACCUAUGAGAAGAUGUAGCCUAGUGUCCUUUAAACUGUAUCCCGGAGGCUACAGCCUUGAGUUAUUUUUUUUUGUGGACCACUGGUGAUACACCUGACAUGUCAACUGAGAUUCAAAUGACCGAUACUUCAAGGCGUACGUCUUGAAGCUGAAGCACGGAGGCCUACCUGAAAGCACGGAGGACGACCAGCACGUGCCAUACACAUCGAAUCCACAAGAGGGCAUAAAUACAUCAACACAUUUUUAUUUAGAGAGAAAUGUUGUCCUGCUCAGUCUGGUCAUGGCUGUUAUGUUUUAUUAUCAACUGUUAUAUUAUCAACUGUCUAGCAUGUUAACUUCCAUUUUGUAAUGUAAUGUGUAGAAGGAUCUGCAUGUGCAAAAUAAAUAUAUUUUUCCAUAAUGUGAUCACUUUUGCAUCUGUAAUUGACUUGUUUUAGAUCUGUAAACAAUCUGUAAAACAAAUGUGCUAUUGGUUAAUAUGGACAAUUAUUGUAUUAAUCCAGUAAUUGAUUUCAUUUGCAUAAAAUUAAUUGAAAAUGGUA